AGACAACUUCUUUUUUUUCCCUCAAUGUCCGAUUCUGAACAAUUAUUAUUUCGACAUCUUGCAGGAAUUUUCCAAACACAUCGGAGCUGUGUUCUGGAAAUUGAGAUCCUCCCGCCAGAGUUUGGCCCGCUGCUUCAAGAUGGGUGUGCCAUAGGCAUCACCAAGAAGGCGCUGGUCCAGGCUUUUGUUGUUGCCCGACGGGUUUUCUUUGACAAGCUUGUGUUUUGGACAGAUAGAGAACUUCUGACGUCGUGCCUAUCUAUAACUGAGAAGUCAGAUACAGCAGAACGGAGCAAUUUCUCUGGGGUCACAGAGAUCAUGUUACUCUUUGACUGUGAACAUCUCACUGCUUGCAACUGGCGAAAAAGACGGUUGGAUGUUCUUAUACAGAGCUUGCGCAGUGGCAAUGGUAUAGCCUUGGGGAGCACUGUCGCACAAGUACUAGAGUCGGAACUUACUCUGUUGACAUCCUUUCUUUGCUCUCCUCUACAUCGACACACCAAGUCCCCGACCUUAUGGCAACACCGGCUGUGGGUUAUGACACAGAUAUUCCAUAUCCGGGCCAUAGCACUGGUUGACGGGUUUUCAAUAUCAUCACCGUCUACAACACCUGACGGGGAGGGCCUUUGGGGCUCCAAAAAUACCGAAGAGCUCAUACAUUCCGAAUUGAGUGUUGCCCUCCGUGCGAGUGAGCAGCAUCCCAGGAAUGUCUAUGCUUUCAGCUACAUGAGGCACCUGCAUCGAGCGUUAUCAGACACCGCAGAGGAUAUUACUACCCCGAGCAGCGCUGAGCGUCUUGCUCGGUGUAUUAUUUACCGCACUGUGGAAUGGUGUAUGGCUCAUCCGCGAGAUAUCUCAGGCUGGAUGUUCGCACUGUAUUUACUCCAGGCUACCCCGGAUAAGGAUUUCAGAUCCAGCGUCUUACACCGGGUGGUCUCCUUUGCUGUCCAGGUCGGAUGGGAUGGCGAGAGUUUGUGGAUAUUCGUGGAUCAAACAGCGAGAGCCUUUGGUCUUGUAAAUGAUCUCUAUAUUACUUUACCGUCUCUCCAUGGUGAAACUUCUGAUUUGACGGGCGCAGACCAGACUUGGAGACUGUGGCUAGCCAGAGCACGGGCACUCUGGGCAGACUGUGAGAAUACAUCGACGUAGGUUGCCUUGUCCUUAAAGUUGGUUCCACGACUGCAUAGUCUAUUCAUAUCAGUCAUUUGUUCAUUUCAUUUCUCAUCCUUUACUCCUGGGAGAUAUUCAACGCGGGCGUAGAAUCUCGUAUUUUGAAUAAGAACGCCUCGCUGAUGAUUACCAAGCUCAUAGAAUCUUCGCUAAAGAGACCAAAUCACUAGAAGAAAACAAGAAGAUUCAUGGCUCCUCGCCACCCCAUCUAGGAAUAUCCCAUGUCCGCAUGUGGUUGUGAUUCCAAGACGUCCGUCAUAUAUAUUGGCUCGCAUCCAUCAUACCUUAUCCUAGGUGUAUAGCAGUCUCGAGGAGGAAGAAUCGAAGGGCCGGCGGAGGAUGCUCGUCAUUUCUUGUUGCCUUCUGCCGCUCGGC